AAACAGACAGGCAGCGCUGUGAGACAAACGGAAGUGACCGUGUGUUUGACAGCCUCCUUCUCUUGACAGAUUUUAAAAGCCUACACUAUGGACACGCAUCGCACAUCGUAACAUCAGCAAGUUGGACGCACCUACUUGGAUGGAGGGAAAUGCCCAAAUCCAGUAGACGACAUGAUCAGAGCAUGGCAGAAAAGAAAGACAAUAACCAGGCAGUAUGCUGAAGCAGCUGAGCAAAAAAAAGCAAGGACAGAUGGAACAGAGUGAUGAUGCUCCAGGACUGUCUGUCUCCUCACGUACAGAGCUACAGAGUUGGAGAUGUCUUGUGAGGCAAGACAAAAUAAAGAGGAUGAGGUACAGACAAGAAAUGAUAAUGAGUUAUUAAACCAUCAGACUGAAGGAGAGGAGGAUGAUGAAGAAGAAAACAUGAAUGAAAAGUCUGAAGGGUUGAAGAAAACUAAGCCAAAAAAUUGCUGCGAUCACCAUCUUGGUGAAAUGACAAAGACAGAGAAGAAGGCACAAAGAUGUAAUAAGGACUUGUUCAUUUCUCUGUGGUCUACAUAUUCACCAUGGAAGUCUGUCAGUGAAUAUAUUGUUCCUGCAGAGCUGAAAGGACACAAAGAACACAAAAGAAAUAGCAAUAAAAACACUGAUGAUGAAGAAACCACACAGAUGGGACAUGGUGCAGAGGAUGAGGGACAGAUGAGAGAAGAUAGGAAGGAAGAGAGACUUCAGGCUGGAGGAGAGGAGGGUGAUGAAGAACAUGUAGAGACUGACACAUCAAUUAAUUAUCAUACAACAGUGAGUGAAGUGAAAAGUAGUGAAAAUGAACAGGUACAGGAAAAUGAAGACAGCAACACACAAGAAAACAUUAAGUCUGAGAAGUUAAAUGAAGCUGGAGUAGAAGAUGCUUCUGUUAAUGUUGGAGAACAGCUGAGAGACUCUUGUGAACAACAUCUGGAUAAAGAGACAAAGUCAGAGAAGGAGGAACAAAGAGCGUUUGCAUGCCUGGAGACGAUUUUACAUCAGGUCAGCACAAAGGCCUCUGAGGUUUUCCAAGGACAGAUAAGAGCCACAUCAAAGUGCUCCAAAUGCCACACAAUCACUGAAGAGACAAAAACAAUCUGUAUUCUUCUACCACCAGGGAAAGAUUCCCAUGAUACAACCCACAGUGAGGAAAGCAGCCUUAAAAAGAUUGUCAACACAAAAUCAUUUACUGGCGACAACAACAUGUCCUGUGGCAAGAAGAUGGAAACAACACGUAGCUCUGCUAAGAAAAUGAUCACUGAACACAAGGUGGAACUCAUCAACUGUCUGAUGGCGGAUCAUUCCUUAAUUCUUCAGCAUGCACAUGCCAAACAGGUCAUCACAGACAGACAAUAUCAGAAUAUUAAGUCUCUCACAACACCAGAAAAUACUGUUACUGAGCUGAUUGAUAAUGUGAUUAUUGUCAAUGGUGAGAAAUCCUGCGCUGCUUUUCUUGAAGUUCUCAAACUGCCUGAUGUUCUGAGCACUCAUCCGCAGCUCAAAGAAAUUGUAAAUAAAAUGCUGCGCAGCAAUCGUGGAAGCAGUGCAUAAGAUGAGAUUUGUGAUGUAAAAACACACAGUUGUAGGCUGAAUUUGCAGAGUGAGGAUAUGCUAAAUUGAAAAAGUGAUCUGAUUUAAAUAAGUCUGUUUAUGUCAGUUUGUACCUGCAAGUUUUUUUACUCAAAAUAUCCAGUACCUUUUUUCAAAUUCACCCUUUUCCUUCUAAAAUGCGCGUAGAAGGAUCACAGCAACAGUCUUUUCAUUUGAAGGAUUAUAACAAUAGUUUUGUCUUGUGAAAAUGAAUGUCAGCAAAAAACACUAAUCCUAGUUUAGAUAAAAUUACAGACUGAAGGCCUCAACUUUUAUCUGUCAUUGUGUACCAUGUUGAUACAUUUUGACUGGAUUUUCUCUUGUGUAUAAACUUAGCACAUUAAGGAUGCUGCUGCACAUAAUCUACAAAAUUGAUGAUUUCUUUGGUUUUUUGGGGGGGUUGCCAUGGUAAUGAAAUGUGCAGUUUAAGAUGCAGAUCUCUGUGACCCAGUUCCAAUUAUCCCCAUCAUCACACUAGCAUAUCUGUUGUUGUUUUCAACUGGUCUGCCUGCCCGUCUGUCAGAUGUUGUCAACCUAGUUAUGUCACAACUGUGCAAGAUGCAGUCAGGUAACUUUACUGUUUGUUCAGUCCAAAACAAACAGCCUAGUUUGAAGAUGGGUCUGGUCCAAGUAGAGAGUCUAGAGUAAGAAGUAUGGGGAUGCCCAUCAAGAUGAUAUUUCUGGCCCACAUUUGUGGUCCUGGAGACGCCGAUUAUAGUGGGUACAAAGACAGAACCAGUUUGGAGUACAUUGUUUUAUUUUCUUGUAUAUAUUUUAUGUUACUUUAUAUGCAUAUAUAUACAACAGAUUAGUUAUCGAGUAUAAAAAUGAGGAAUUAGUUCAGUCUUGUUGAGCAGAUUAAUAAAUAAACAUCCCAUUUCAGUACAUUUGAAUGAUAUAAUGGUUGAUGAAUGACUUUUGAAUCAUAUUUGUAUAUGAUUUUACUGAGUCGCUUGGGUACAUUUCUCUAAUCAUCCUCGACAUUUCCAAAACGGCAUUUCUCAAAACAAUUUGUACAAAUAGCAAAACACCAUGGAUUACCUCCUAAAGCCAGUCUCUUGCUCAAAAUCCUUAGUUCAUCCCUCAAAAGUAAAUAUCUGCGUCAAUGAACAUGCCAGUGCCAUCAGAAUGGCAAGUCCUUGUGUCACUGUGUACGGAUAAGACAGUCAAAUUGCUUAAUCGUGUAGUGAAUA